ACUAACCUAAUUUUUGGGGAUAUUUUGUCAAUAUGUCACAUUUGUUUACGUUGGUGCAGCUAAACAGUUUAUUACGAUUAAAAACGGGUUAAAAUUAAAUCAUAACGAAGACGAUGUGGUCCCAAUACGACGAAGAUUUAUCCCAAAAUCAGUUUUUUAAAGAAAUCAAGCAGAAUCAUCAAGAUAUUAUAAAACGAGCGACUGAAGAUCAUUGGAUUAUCUGUGUUCCUCGAGCUGGAACCCUUACAAGUGCAGACAUAUCAGUGAAUGUUGUCUUGGAUCAUAUCUUGAUACCUGGUGCUGAUCAAUCAUACACCUACACUACGCUGAGUAAGAAAGAGGUCCUUCUAGUCAACCACCACUUGACGUUGGAUCAAAAUACCAUCUUUCACAGAGACAUCGAAAUCCUUUUUGAAGAGACACACUAUUUAAAGCAAAAAUCUAAGUACUUAGUGUGGUGUGUUAAUGUGCCUCUUUUUACUCAUCACAAUCAAAAUCGGUGUCCAAAUAACAACGUGGUGUUAGUGACAAUUCAGGACUGUAUAGACUUUUUGUAUUCAGAAACUUUUGGCCACAAUUUAUUAGAAGGUAUUCACAGCCUCUGUGUGGACUUUUGGAAAACCCAUCAGAGUGCAUUUUACACUGAAUCAUUGCAGAGCCAAAAAGAUUAUUUAGGAAACUUGUAUUCCCAAAGUUUACAGUUGUGCUUCAAGAAUGAUAUUAUUAGAGAUAAAUGUGAUAAAAAUUUGCUGCAUUUGGAUAAUUUUAAGCUAUCAAUCGAGACAUAUAUGCAAUAUUGUCUUGGCAGAAAGCUGAUGUACAGUAUAAAUACAUUGCAACAUUUAAGUGAUUGUUGCGUCAACAAAAUAGUGAGAAAUUCGUCUGAUAUAUCUUUAAAAGAUCUUGGUAUUCCUAGUCAUUUUCUUAACUACGUUUUCGAUGCCAAAUCUGAAUUAUCCAGGCUUAACAAUGUUGUAACUGGUCUGGACAAAUUAUAUUGUUUGUCCAGAGUUUUCAAUAUUUUCAGCAACAAGUUGGUAAAAACUGACGAAAGACUAUAUCUCACAUCAGACGACUUUCUACAAAUACUGGUUUACUUAGUUUUAAACUCGAAUAUCUCAAACUGGAUGGCAAAUUUAACAUAUCUAAAGGAAUUUCAGUUUGCACUAUCUACUAAUCAUGACCAGCAAAACUUUUUAGUUUCCAGUUUAGAGGCAGCGUUGGCCUUUAUUAAAAGCAAUCAGUUUUUGGAUAUUUCUAAAUCAGUGGGUCGUUCAAAUAACAAUCAACUUACAGUUUUUGAUAAAAUUUACCAUCGGUUCAAAGACAAGAGAGACGUUAAGGAUAUAGAAAGUUUUUUGGAAAAGGAAAUAGCCGCUGUAGAGUUAUGCCAUCCGUUGUGUUCGUGUAUCAAAUGUGAGCAAACUGACAAAAAACCCACGGAAAAAAAUAUUUACAAAAUGUUUAAUAAAUCAAAUCAGAACUUUUUGAUUGUGGCUUGUAGAGAAAAUAAUCCAGAAUUCCUAGAAUAUAUACUUUCAUUGGGAUUCGAUAUUAAUUUUCAAGAUGACUGCGGGAGAUCAGCACUGCACUAUGCCGCAGAAAAGGGGUUUCAAGAGGUUUUGUUGCUAUUAAUUAGCGCGGAAAUAAAUGUAAAUUUGUUAGAUAAUGAUCGAAAUACUGCUCUGCAUUUAGCAUGUGAUAGGGGACACGAUAGUUGCGUAAAAGCUUUAUUAUAUUCUUCGCGGUUGGUUGAGAUCAAUUUACAAAAUCUAUCCGGGGAAACUCCAAUGUUUUUGGCUACAAGAUGGGGUUAUUUAGAUAUUAUUAAAAUUCUGUUAGAGAGUGGGGCUUCCGUUUGUUUAAAGAAUAACAGCAAUGUGAGCGUAUAUAAAUUAUCACCCAAUUAUUACAUUACGCAGCAUUUCACUGAAUUUGGAAGCUUCCAAAGUAAGAAAAUUCAAAAAGAGUUAUUGCACAUUAAACCCGAAGAUUCGUUGGCUGAUUUGGACAAUGUUUCCGAUAGCAAUGCUAAUCAACUUAUUCUGACCGAACAAGGUUUAUUCUUUGGAAAUGAAGCGAAAACUAGCUUAGAAAUGAAAAAGCUUGAAUUGCUGAUGAAAGUAAUUGAAAGCAACGAUGUGCCACUAACAUGUUACUACUUGGGGUAUAGCGGAAAUGCCAAAGAUGCGAACAGUAAUGAGCAAGUAAAGUGCCAUCCAUUGUGCAGUUGUACAAAAUGUUUGAAAAAUGCUGGAGACGAAUUUCCCGAUGGUCCUUCAAAUGAAAAUUCCAAUCUAGAAAUUAGAAAGUUUAAUAUAAAUAUGCGCAACAAGGACGGCUACACUCUCCUGCAUGUUGCAGCCAAAUUUGGAAGAACCGAAAUAGUGAGAAUUCUGCUGGAUGAUGGAGCCCUGCUUAAUGUCCGCACUUUGGAUACUCUUUUCACACCCUUGCACUUGGCUGUGAAGUUUCAAAAACUGCAGACUGUUAAAGAGCUACUGCAAUGUGGGGGCUGCAACGUAGAGGCUCAGGAUCACAGAGGCAACACCCCCUUGUACUAUGCAUGCAAGACGAAUAACAUAAAAAUUGUCGAACUUUUGCUGCAAAAUGGGGCAGACUGUCAUAAGAAAAAUUACGAGGAACAAACUGUACUGCAACUGUGCGAAGACAAGAAUCUGUUCAGGAUACGCAAGAUGUUCAGAGAGAAUAUAGGAGGAGUUUUAUCGAGUGACUGUUAUGAUUCUAGUCAUUCUAGUUUGCUUUAGUUGAGGGUAUCUUGUUAAUUCAUGCGAACAAGGCGGUUGAUUGAGUUUUCAAUCGGUGAAAGAAGUGUUGAGUAGGUAAUUUUAUUCGCGGAUAUUCUCAGGUCUCGGAAAAUAUAUAUUUUUACAGUUCAUGACCGUAAUUGAAUUAGGAGUUUGCGGGCAAAACAUUAUUGCUUUCCCUGCACAUCAUGUAAUAAUAUCACGUUGGCGACUGGACUUUAUGUUGGAUUUUUUCACAAUUGGGAGGAUUUUUUAAACCGCACUAAAAUUACCUUCUAAACAUUUAAUUAUUUUGCUAUAAAAUACCCCGAUUCAUUUAUAAUUGCGUUCCAAAAUAUGAUCUUUUGGGUCUAGUUGUUUUGCGUUUAUUGUUUUUAUGUAUUGGUUCAAAGUUCAUAAAUUUCGUUCCUACCACUUUUCUUCUUUGGAAAAUGCGAAAAUUCUUGAAGCUCCAAAAGUUCUCUUAUGUCAACAUUAUUCGCUAUAGUUGGUUGGCCAAUUGCAAAAUGGGAGAAGUUUGACAGCAAACGUUAGCAAUUGGAAACAUGUAAAAAUCGCGUUUUUUGCGUUAAAAAUUCACUAGCGAUCGCGAAAAUACCACGAAACGGUGAACAAAUAUUUUGGUGGCAGAAAUCAACCACUGUAUGACCAAAAAAUUUACAAAAUCCGGGUUUUUUUGAGUUUUUGACGGAACAAAGCGAUCGCGGCCCGUCUCAAACGCCAUUAAACAAAAGACUGUCUUAUUGGAGGGAAUGGUGCAAGAAUUGACGUACAGUUGAUAGAUUUUAGAUCUUUUUUUGUUUAAAUCGUUUUAAAAUUGAGUAAAAUUGGAAUUAUCAGAAAAGUCGUAAAUGUAAUAAUUUUUUAUUAUUAAAUUACUUCUAAUGACCUGCAGAAAGGUGAUUUACAUUAUGAUGAAUUUCGUGUCAUGUGUAAGUAAAAAAACAAUCCUUAAAGUCCUUAAAGACUUCCAUUGACUAAGUUUCUGAUAGUUUGAUAAUUAAAACUUCAAUCAUUUUGUAUAUAAGGUGUGAAAAGUUGUUUUGUGAAUUUUUUUAAUCUACUUCAACACAUAAUUUGUUUCUUAUAUUCUCGAAUAAGUGAGUAUUGAUAUUAUCCUUUAGCUUUUUUAUACGAGGAUACAAGCAAGAAUCGAAAGUUUAUCGAUUAUAUUAGUUGUCGAUUCAAGAUGUUAAUUUUCUACUUGUGUUUAUCUGUUUUGUAAAUUUAUACAAACGCAUUUCUUUCCAUAUUGGUCAUAAGAGCUGUAUGUUCCUUGUUUUUCUGCAUUUUUGUUAAUUAAUAUUUGUUACUGUUUUGCUAUUGCUUGUAACGAACACAUUAGUUUUAGUACAUUUGAACUAAUCAAGUGAAAUUGAAUAUUUGAAUUUUGCCCGACUGCCGAAUGUGGAAUAUUGUUACAAUUUUUUGAAGUACAGUUUUGAUUUACUUUCAGUAAAGCAAGCAGCGCGCACUUUGUGAAAGUGUAUGUAAAAUUAGGGCAGAAGGUAAAAUAUAUUUGUUGGAAAAAAGUGAUUUUAAUAAAAAAAAUCUGAGAAUA